ACAAAAGAAGAAGAAGAGAGGGACUUGUUGGGGGACUGAAGUGAAGUCCAGUCCAAGAAUGGAAGGAACUCGUCAUCCCCAUCAAGCAAUACCACCCAUGUCCACUGUGUCAUCAUGGCAACAACAACAGUACCAACAGUCAGCACAACAGUACCAGGAACCAAGAUUGGGGCAACCGUAUGACCAGCCCAGAUUGGGGCAACAAUAUCAGCAACCAAGAAUUCAGUCGCAAUAUCAGCAGCCACAGUUUGGACAGCAGCAGCAUCACCUUGGGUUAGGUCAGCAGUAUCAGCAGUCGGGAUUAUUGCCACUACCACAACAACUUGGUCUGGGUCAGUACCACCAACAUCCAGGAUUUGGACGACAACACCAGCAACCCAGGUUGAUGCAUCCACGACCGAGUGAACCAUUUCCCGAAAUAUUUCCACACCUACAAAAACAACAAGAGAGUCAGCUCAGUUAUGAUGAUAAACAACACGAUCAUGCGAGCCAUCGAGUAGACGUUCAUGGUCAACAACGGUCCAUGUCUCCCGACCCUCAACAACAAAAAGAUGCAGAAAUAAUGUCAUUGUGGAAAGACAUGCAAGAAGGGAAUAAAAAAACACAAGACCUAAUGCAUUCAUCUCUUGAUGUCUGCCAGAAUGAAGAAGUAAUGCAGGCAUCUGAAGCUGAAGCAGAAGCUGAAGUGUCAACAUUUCCUCAGAACACUCUUAAAGAAACAGAGCCAAUCAAAGUGGUGCACCUUCAAGAGAGACCGGGAGAAACCACCUAUAACAUUCCCGUUGGUCUUCACUGCAGUUCGGCCCCAAUUGAAGGUGUAGACAUUACUAAUAAUACCAGUAUGGUUCCACUUGAGCUUACAGUUAGGAACAUGAUACCUCUUCCCACAUCCUCAAGUGGCUUAGUAACUAAACCUUUAAGUCCAAAGAUAUCUCAUCCUCUGAGCAGCCCUCAUGACUUCACACGUUAUGACUUCACCGAUAUUACAAAGUUGAGUGGCGGCAUGCCGACCCAAACACACAGACAGCCUGGAACUGCAGCUGCUAAUGACUACAGCCCGACAGUUGAGACAACCUUGUGUGAUGAAUCCCGCCCUUUUAUCCAACAGAAAUAUGCCGAUUUAUGCGGUGACUCUAACCCAGCCCGUGAUCCACUAGACACUACUGCCUGUGAUGAUUCCACUUCAUCAGACAAUCGCCAAGACUCUGCUGUACCCGACGAUUCCAAUCUCUCUGAUGAACGGCUGGACUGUGCCGCCCGUGAUUAUUCCUACCCAUCUGAUGAUCAGCCACUUGACUGUGCUGUUCGAGCUGAUUCCAACCCAUCUGUUGAUCUUCCAGAGUCUGUUGCGUGCGAUGAUUCCACCCCAUCCAUUGAACCGCUGGCUUCCGUCGUUCGUGAUGAUUCUAAUCCUUCGGUCGAUCAGUUAGAAUCAACUUUAUGUUCUACCUCUGCCUAUCUUGUUGGGCCAUCUAAGGGUCAUUCAAGAUCUGCUUUCAGUGAUGAUUCCAAUCCAUCAAAUGAUCAUAGAAGACCUGUACUGCACACCGAUGCCAACCAACCACACCGACAAGAAGUAACCAUGUCAGUUGGUCGCUCAAGUCCAUCUAGUGAUCAGUUGGAACCUGUAUUGCCAGGUAAUUCAAGUUUUGCUAAUAGCCUGUCAAAAAGUGUUUCCAGGCCAGAUUAUUUUAUUAAUUCCUCCUUGUCAAGUGAUCAACCCGAAACUCACAUAUCCGAUUAUUCCUGCUUUGCAGAAGGUCCACCUGAGGAUGACACGGCAUCUGCAUUAAGGGACGCUUCUGACUUAUCGGGUCAGCCGGAAGUUGCAGUUGAAAAUGAAUCCAGUACCAGUCCUUCAGAUGAUCAAAUAGGAACUGCAGUAUCCGGUGACUCUAAUCAGUGUGACUCUGGACCAAAGUCUGUAUUACAAGAGAAUUCCAACUCUUGUGAAAAUGAAUGCAGAAACUCUGUACAAGAGGAUGAUUAUUCCAACUCUUCACACAGUCUACCCAAAAUUUGUGUGCGAGAAGUUUGUGAUUCAGACUCCUCAGAAUAUUUACCCAAAUCUGCAGUAAAAGAAAAUUUUGAAUCUAACUCUCUCAAUCAUCAACCCAAAAUAUCCAAGCAGGAAGGUUCUAAAUCAAAUUCAUCUGAACAUUUACCCAAAAUUUUAGCACAAGAGAGUUUCAAAUCUAAUUUGCCAGGUAAUCUUACCCAAACUUCAGCACAAGAGAGUUUGGAGUCAAAUUUUCCUGAUCACUUACCCAAAUAUUCACCUCUAAGGAGUUCUAAAUGUAAUUCAUCAGACAAGGUUCCUAAAGCUUCAUUACAAAACACUAAUGAAUCUGACUUAUCAGACAAUAAUAACAAAGUUUCAGCAUCAGAUAAUAUUGAACCUGAUUCAUCAUCAGACAGUGUUACAGAAACCUCAGCACAAGAGGGUAUUGAACAUUUACUCUCUGGAACAGGAAUUGGAUUACCAGAUGGUUACAGUGUAUCUGAUAAACCACCAAGGGCUGGGUUAUCUGACAAGUUGUCAGGCUCACAACCCAGGACUUCACAUUCUCCUCUUGUGCCCACACCGCCAGAUGGGGAAUCUGGAAUCUUGGUGUGUGAUGAUUCAAAUUUGUCACAUUCUUGGCCAAGAAUUGCAAUACUGGAUGAGUCCAGCCCUUCAGGCAACCAGAAAAGGACUUUACCUUGCAAUGACUCCAGUCUGUCAGAUGGCCAAGCAACAGUUAAAUUACCCAUGAAUUUGAGCUCUCCAGUUAAGUCAUUGGUAGAGCAACCAAGGCCAACAUCAUUAUCUAUUGGUCAUAGUGCAAACAGCUUGUCAAAUAGUGAACAAAAUACUACAUUGACUGACACAUUAGGUGAUUUAUCUGGCAGUGAGUCAGCAGCUUCAAUAAAUGGGAAGAACAGUGAUGAGCAACAGCCAGCCCUGAUAUCUGAGCCCGAGUGUGUCGUUCAGACACCUGCCAGUAACCCUGUACAUGACCCUCUUCCAGAACAUACAGAUGACACAAGUGUUAACACCUUGCCUAAGUCUCCAGGUACUACUGUAGGUGACUUUCAUUUUGUGGAGGUCAAAGGCAUCUCUAUUAAGGUUUCACCUAAAAGAUAUUAUGAACCCAUCAGUUCUGACGCAUCCAACAUCCCAGAGACCAAAUCCGUUCUUCCUUUCGUAUUUCCCGAAGAUUCCGCUCGCGAGAGUGACGACGACAUGCAGGUCUCCGUGGGAAUCAGCGUUGAUGCUCGAGACCUGCACAUUGAGGACGCUGUUAAUACAAUUAACCAAGGUGAUACUCAAGACCUCCCAACCAAUAACAAUGAUGAAGAUCAAGGUAUCAUCAUCAGUGAGGAGAGUGAUGUUCAAGAAGAAGGCUACCUCUCAAAUGACAGUGAUACUGAUAAUUUUUUAGAGGAAGACACUGUGUAUAUCUGUGAAAAACCAACAGAAGCAACGUGUAAUGUGUGCGAGUCCAAUGUUAAGAGUGCACAUUUUAAAUCUCAUCUUUUCUUUGGCCACAUUCAGUGUAUACAUUGUAACAGAAGACUCGUGGGUUGUGACAUGCUUCAAGACUUAAAAGAUCCAAAGAAAGAUGCCUGCAAGAAAAGUCCUUCAGAGAAACAUAGUUUUAAAAUUUGGACACUUGAUCCCAUUGAAUUUUUGGCUUAUUAUAUAAGAAAGGAACUUGUGAUCAAAAGAUUUUGUGCAGGUUUAAAUGGACCACCGACUGCUCCAGAGAUUGUUGACGAAAUUGGUUGUUAUGUGGCAAAGUUAGUUUCAUUAAAGACAUUAGCUCCCUGGAAGACGGCUAUUGCUAAAUGUAAUAAAUAUGUCAAUGAAAGAAAACCAGGUGGUAAGAAAUACCAAUCCCAAAAUAUAUCCACACCAACAAUUGUAUCGGCAUCACGAGUAACACGAAGCUCACAGCCACCAGCAGAUCUUGGUAAAUCAGCUGCUGUUCCAAUAAAACAGCCUUCAGCAGGAAAACCAGCUGCUGUUUCAGUAAAACAGCCUUCAACAUGUAUAUCAGCUGCUGUUCCAAUAAAACUGCCUUCAACAGAUAUACCAGCUACUGUUCCAAUAAAACAGCCUUCAACAUCCAGUGUGGUUCAACACACGGCAGUAAGUACAAGUUCAUCACUUCGUGAGAAACGGUCUAAGAGUACAAAAGUGUCAAGUUCAUCAGCAGCAGCAGUUGAACCUAGCAGUACCCAGACACCCACACCACCCAGGUCUGACCUAAAGAAAACUCCCAUUGCAAAGAAAAAGAAACUAAGGCAGUCCGGUAAAAUCUUUUUGAAGUAUCUUGGAGCUGGCCUCAAGAAGUCAGGGAAAUUUGAUGUUACUCCACCACCUCAAAAGAAACAAACCAAACCUUUAAAUGUUUGUGACUUGAAAAAUAUAGUUGUACAAGCACCGGUUGAUGGCAACUAUUUAGUUGUGAAUUAUCCCAGUCAGCACUGUCCAGAUAACUGUCCAAAUUGUUACUGUCGAUUUGACCCAUCUGCAAUAACUGUGCACUGUUUCACUUCAGUCAUAACAAACAAGUGUAUGAAUUGUGAUUUAACUAUUUUUGUUGUUCAAGACCCACCAGAUGGAUCAAUACAAAAUAUUAAAUUUCAAAACAAAAGGAAAAUGAGUCACAAAUUUAGUGGUCCGCAGUCAAAGAAACGACGGAAGCAGUAGGCCGCAUGUACACAAUACUGUACAGUAGGUUGCCAUGUACACAAUACUGUACAGUAGGUUGCCAUGUACACAAUACUGUACAGUAGGUUGCCAUGUACACAACAAUACUGUUCAGUAGGUUGCCAUGUACACAACAAUACUGUACAGUAGACUGCCAUGUACACAACAAAACUGUACAGUAGGCCGCAUGUACACAAUACUGUACAGUAGGUUGCCAUGUACACAAUACUGUACAGUAGGUUGCCAUGUACACAACAAUACUGUUCAGUAGGUUGCCAUGUACACAACAAUACUGUACAGUAGACUGCCAUGUACACAACAAAACUGUACAGUAGGUUGCCAUGUACACAACAAAACUGUACAGUAGGCUGCCAUGUACACAACAAAACUGUACAGUAGGUUGCCAUGUACACAACAAAACUGUACAGUAGGCUGCCAUGUACCAACAAUACUGUACAGUAGGCUGCCAUGUACUGACAAUACUGUACAGUACCACAAUUUUUGGGUCUGUGUGUAUGACUGUUAUAAACAAUAAGUAGUUCUCAACCUAUUUGAAAAAUGUCAGUCAUUCUGGUUUUCCUGCACGAAGUUUUAGUUUCCUUGACUUGGUUAUUUUUAAAUUUGAGGAAAAUAUUACUUUUAUAAAUACUGUAGAGUACUUAUUAAGAACAGUAAUGGUCAACCUGAGACUACUGUAGGGGUCAGUGUGAGGUCCUGAGGGAAGGGAAGGUCACCCACAUGUUAGGACAAAUCCAGGACAGCUAUUGACUUGUCACCAUGGAAAUGUCAGAUGAGAGAAAUCACUUUGGUCCCUGUCAUGGCACUCCACUGACCCUCAAGUUACCACACUGUAGAGUCUGCAGUUAUUAUCUGAUACAGUACAGUACAGUACUGUACCUACCUAAUAUUCAUAUCUGGUUGGCCAUGGUCACGAGUCACUGUAUCUGACUCCUGUAUGCAGAGCUUUUUAUUUUAGUACGGAUGUUACCUUAAGAUGGGAAAAACCUGUUACAAAUUUAAUAUAUUUACUGUAAGUGUUGAUGGAAUUAAUGUUCCUCAAUAAGUAAUUUUAUGCAGUGUGUGUAAAUAUAACAUACAGUAUACUUAAGAAGGCAUACUUGAAAUGCAGUAAAUUUCAUAUUUGAUUACAAAUCAACUGUAAAGUGUUUGCAUGGUUCACAAUUUUUAUAACAUACAUAUUGGUUUGUGAACUUUGAUCAGAGAGGUUUUUCCUUACAACUGACUUUUGUCUUUACGAGUUCAUUAAUACUGCAAGUCUAAGUACUUUUUCUUUUAAGCACCUGUCCACAGCCACAAAUAUUUGAUUAUUUUAUAGAAAUUGUUUAUGGAUAAUAUUACACUAACUUCAUUAUUAUUAUGUUGUGGUGACUUAGUUGUUGUGUAAUACCUGUACUAUGAUGGGGAGACAGUGUAGAUGGCCUUCUGGACUGUUGUAUUGACAGCCACACAUUAGUAGCAUCAUCACACUUCCUCAUAUUUUACAUUACUGUAUUUUAUCAUAUUAAAAAUUAUGUACUC